CUUAAAGGGCAAUACCUAGGAUCUCCUCUAAUUUUGUGCCUACAAUAACUACGAAGUAUUAGGCUUGCUAGUGUGGAUGUUGAUUAUUGGAACUGACUAUUUUCUGUACCCUGUCUUUGGAUGGAUAAUGUUUGUGGCUAUAUUUUACUGGAUUCUUACACUCUUUUUUUUGAUCAUCUAUAUGACAAUGACCUAUACGAGGAUACCUCAAGUGCCAUGGACCACAGUUGGUCUGUAUUUUAAUGGCAGUGCCCUUCUCUUGUACUUAAUUGCUGCUAUUUCCGAAGCAUGUGCAGUCACCAAAGAACCUGACUACCACAAUUACAAUAGUUGGGCAAUAUCUUCGUUCUUUGCUUUCGUUGUUGCUUCCUGCUAUGGUGGAAAUACCUACUUUACUUUUGUAUCUUGGAGAUCACGGACCUUGCAAUAAAUAUUAUCUUCUAAUAAAAUAAUUCUGCAUGUAAAUGUUAUAUAAUUUUGAUGAAACUAGGUAAUGUGGUUUCACUCAAAAAUAAAAACAAAUAAUUCUUUUUGAAAAUUAUGGAAAGGAUAGCUCACCUGACAAAAAUUGUUCUACACACUGUUCUCUUAACUUCUUCAUUUGAAUUAAUCAUAUGUGACAAAGCUCAGUUACCACAAACAAGAAGCAGAAGGCAGAAAUGAUAUAGGAGGGAA